CCAAGAUCCAUGGACCUUUGCAUAACCAUUAAAGGAGUCUCGUUCCUGCUGCAGACAGGGCUGGGAGUUCUGGGUAAUGCAUCCGUGCUGAUGGCGUACGCUCAUAUCGCUUUUGCAGAGUCACACAUGCAGCCUGUGGAUAGAAUCCUGGCUCACCUGGCUUUCAGCAACCUGCUGCUUCUGCUGACACGCGGUGUGCCACAGACGAUGGUCAUCUUUGGACUUCAGAACCUUCUGAACGAUCCUGGCUGCAAAGUGGUGAUCUAUGCUUACCGUAUUGGUCGUGCCCUCUCUGUCUGCCUCACCUGCAUGUUGAGUGUCUUCCAAGCUCUGACCAUUGCACCAUCAGCCGGACCAAACCUGACCAAGCUGAAAUCUCAUCUCUCUCAGCUAGUUAUGCCUACCUUCGUAGGGUUGUGGCUCCUCAACAUGAUUGUCUGUGCUGCGGCUCCGCAUUUCACGAUGGCACCUCGGAACGGCACUGUGCCUGCCUUCACUCUCAACCUAGGCUUCUGCCACGUGAACUUCCAAGACAACCUGUCAUAUGUGGUGAAUGGAGCAAUACUUUCAACACGAGACUUUGCUUUUGUAGCCACCAUGCUGGCCUCCAGUGGCUACAUCCUCGUCCUCCUGCACAAACACAGCAGGCAGGUCAGAUCCAUCCGACGCACUCAGCAAGGAACCCCCAUGGAAAUGCGUGCGGCCAAGACAGUUGUUAUGUUGGUGGUGCUCUACACCAUGUUCUUCGGCAUUGAUAACGUGAUCUGGAUCUACAUGCUGACCGUGGCCCAGGUCCCGCCUGUGAUCGCAGACAUAAGAGUGUUUUUCUCUUCAUGUUAUGCCAUGUUCAGUCCUUUCCUCAUGAUAAGCACCAAUAAGAAGAUAAAGGAGAGGAUGGUCUGUGCGGCUGGAGAACAUUCUGCUGAGGAGUCCACCACGAAAACAAACACUAUGUGAAAGGAACUGUUUAUUUAUUUGUUUAUUUAUUUUUACAUGUUCAAAAGUUGUGAUACUAGAUGGCAAAUAUUUUAGUAUUCU